AAGCAAUUGUAGUUAAUAAAUAACAUUCUGCCUGUCCAAGAGAUUGCAAUGUUGGAACGUGAUCAAAACGCAAGGAACGCUUUGUUACAGGCUAACUUUACCUUAAAUUCAUGUUUUUUUGUUUUAUUUAGUAAGUGGCAGUAAGUAAGAUGUCAAACAGAAAGGACCCUCCUGGGUCUCAGCCUUUUAUGAAGCGUCCAGACAACACAGCUUUUAAACAGCAGAAGCUUCCUGCCUGGUCUCCCACCCUCAAAGCAGAGACUGUUCUGCCCUUCUUCUUCCUGAGUGGGGUGGCCUGCAUUAUGAUUGGGGUCUUGCUUUGUAUAACCGCUGCUGGAGUCCAAGAAAUUAAAGUGGAUUACACAGAAGAAAGAGAUUGCGCUGAGUGCUAUACUCUCCGCCUAGACAGAGCAAACUCAAUAAUUGAUUGUGCAUGCACUGUAUCCUUCUCACUAUCAGAAGCAUUCAAGGGUGAUGUGUUCAUGUACUACGGAUUAACAAACUUCCACCAGAAUCAACGGCACUACAUGGUUUCCAGGGACAAUGCACAACUGGUGGGGAGACAGUAUAACUUAAAGAAUCCAAGUAUCACCUGUAUUCCAUUUGACAAAUACAAGAAUGGCACUCCUAUUGCACCCUGUGGGGCUAUUGCCAACAGCAUAUUCAAUGAUACUCUUCAGCUUUUCUACCACCCUGAUAAAAACACUGAAACACCAGUCCCUUUGCUGAAGACUGAUAUUUCAUGGUUCACUGACAGAACAGUGAAAUUUCAAAACCCAUCACCCAAGGACAAUCUUACUGCUGCUUUUGCAGGAACGGCCCGCCCCUUUUACUGGCGGAAGCCUGUGUACCAGCUCAGUGUGGAGAAGAACAACAACGGCUUUGUGAAUGAGGACCUCAUUGUGUGGAUGAGGCAGGCAGCCUUUCCUUCGUUUAAGAAGCUUUACAGGCGGCUGAAUCGCACACAGGAGUUCAACGAAGGCCUUCCAGCUGGGAACUACAGUGUUAAAAUUUCCUACAAUUACCCUGUGGGCAAGUUUAAAGGCAGAAAGUCUGUGAUUCUCUCCACUGUGUCCAGGCUGGGAGGCCACAGCAACUUCCUGGGUGUAGCCUACUGUGCAUCCGGCGCGAUCAUCCUGAUAGUGGCCAUCUUCUUAACAGUGGUUCACCUGAAAUUUAGGAAAAAGUCUCUGGGUCUAGAGGAGGAAUAAACCCUACUUUCCAGUAGCAGCCUGCUUAGAUGUUUUUUGUGUGUUUGUUCGUAAUACAGUUAGUAAAGAUCCACCAAACCACAUGGGAAUGAAAUAACAUGUAUUAUGAUGUGAGGUGUGAAGUGGAUGACAACCUACCUAAUGUGAUUAUGUAAAGAGGACCAAAAUGAGACUGUGACUAUUUAAAACCAGUAAUAAAAUGAUCUAUAGGA